AUGGCCAAAGCUUCUUCCUCCUUCUUCCAAACCCUAAAGCGCUACAUCAAGAAGCCUUGGGAGAUCACCGGCCCGUGUGCAGAUCCAGAGUACAAAUUGGCCGUCCCGAGUGCCAUAGAGUACAGGAUCGUUUGCCCCGCCAGUACGAAGGAGAAAGCGAUUGUCCCUACCUCCAAUCCCGAGACCGUCUUUGAUAUUAAGUAUUACACCCGCGACCAGCGUCGCAAUCGCCCUCCAAUUCGACGCACCAUCCUCAAGAAACCUGACGUCGAGAAGAUGAUGAAGGAGACGAAGUUCGACCCUGCUGAUUUCCCCAAAGUUUAUCUGACUGCCGCGAUCGAGGAGGAUAUAAAUGCCCGUGGAGGUGGUUAUCAAAAGUAG